AUGCCAACCAAAGAAUUUCGUAUUGACUUGCAAGAGGCCUGCCUUCCGGGGCAAUUCUUGCAUCUGAGCAAAGUGAUUCCUGGAGAAUAUGAUGGCUCUAUUGCUUUUGACUUUCACGAUCUUGAAUCAGAUGUCAUAUUGGAGUUCCAAGUCGUGAUCUCUGGUGAGUCGAUCCCCAAUACCCGGUAUGACCACAGUUUUGUGGUAUUCUCAUCAUCCGAUAAUAUUAUUCCAACAAUCACCAAAUCCUUUGAACGGGCUCAGGAUAGGGGCAGCUUCACCGGUAUCUCCAUCAACGCCAUUUUAAUCAUCCUUGACCGUAAGAUCCACAAUGCACUUCGAGACCAGAAAUCCCAAUCACCUGGACAUUCAGGCCAUGGAGAUGAUUUCAACGACAGUGAUGGAAGCCUGAGCGACUAUGAGGAAUUUUCUGAUGAUGAACAAAUAUUUAAUCUGCCUCCUCGAAAAGAAACCAGACUUUUACAUAAGCUUCGAGAUGACCUGCACCUUGCCAAAGCGGCAGGGUUCAAAGUUGGGUAUCUGGGAAGCAAAACAGGGCCAAUUAUUUUGUCCAUCGCUCGCCGCAUGUCAAAAUUUGACAUUUCAGAGGAGGCUAUGCAAGCAUGGGAUUUGCAGUCUUCAGAGUAUCUCGUGCUUUUGAUUAGGUAUCCAAACGGUUAUCAGGAUAUUCAAGGAAUCUUGGAAGCGGAUCGAUCUGCGAUCUCAUACGUUCAAAUGCGGAUCGGACUUUGUGACUCUUACAAGCCAUCGUGCUUCAAUGCCGCUCUCCUUGCCUUUCAAGCACCUCCGCCAUCAUCGAAAACGACAAAAAGUUCUUCAAAGCCAUCCUCACCGGGGACAAAUUUCAACUUCAGGCCGAUGUUUAUUGGGCCUCAGAUCAACAAACUUCUGAACGAGCGGCUACUGGGAAUCAUGAAUUUCCGCAAGAGGUUCAAUCUUUCAUGGACGGGUGCAGAAUUUCUCUUCCACGCCAGCCAAGGCAAGGGCACCAGAGUGGAAGACGCGAGCGACCCUCAGUUCCAAUUGCAAGAUACCUGGGUUACGCCCCCUCCAAGUGUUCUGACCUCUGACCAUUACUUGGACACGGGGUUCGAAACGACCAGAACUUCAUUUCCCCUAGUUGCUAUUCAGUUCACUCUUCGUCACUUUGUUAGAUGCACGGAGUUUUGUCUUGUAUGCCACUGCAAGACCUUUGACAGCUUUGAGGCCCUCAAACCAUAUGUCUGCUCCAAAGGACUGUGCCUCUUCCAAUACAUGAACUUUGGAAUGGGUCCCAACUUGGAACAUGAUAUUAGGAAACAGCCGAAUGUCGUUGACUUGCUUGUGUCUCUUGCUUACGCCAGAGCAAAGGCGGGUCUUCUUGAAGAUUUCCCAACCGGCCUAGGAAUCCAGGUUCCUGACCAAGAAAUAUUUCCCGUCCAAAAGAGGCCAGCAGAGUCCCCGCAGCUCUCAAAUUACCGCAGUGGUCUACUAAAAACAGACUCAAUGACACUGUUCUGCCAAGAAAGUGGAGCCAAAACCGGCGAUUGGAUUUUUUUAAUUCGCACAGUGACUGAUUUGACGAGUGGUUGGCAUUGUAGGGUUCAGGCUGCCGACGAGGCCCUACAGACUAUUUCUCUGUCGCAGCCAAUUGCUUCAGGAAGAGUCGGUAAACUUGCUGAUACUUUGGGCGAAACCGCAGAGGUGGACUUCGUUCGAUACGACACCAAUUUCGAUAAUUUGAGUCCUCAAAAGAAGCAGAUCGUUGUUUUAUGCUUGUUGGAAACACUGCCGAGUAUCGACAGGAUGUCCCAGUUCCUGGGAUCCUCAGAUUCUGGAAAUAGUCUAUCAUCAUGGCGCGAGCGAAUAACCCCUGCUGCACUUGACAUGCUCCGGUGGAUCGUUGCAUCCAACCGAUCCUGUAUCCUCCAAGACGACGAGAAUCCAAACCACUUAGUGAGGGAAAUGCCGGGCUUCAUGCAGUUUCGGAUUGUACAAGGAGCUCCGGACAAGGAACAGCGAUUUGUUCAGGCCGUUAAGUCAGUAUCUAUGAUUACAAGUCCAAAGCACCCGACCUUUUUUGCCUGGCAUGGCAGUCCAGUAUGCAACUGGCACAGCAUUUUGCGAGAAGGACUCAAUUUCGACAAAAUAGCCAAUGGCAGAGCAUGCGGGAAUGGAGUUUAUUUUUCAAGUCGUUGCAGUACUUCAAUAAGCUAUAGCAAUCAGCGUGACAUGAUCCCUUGCAAAUGGCCACGGAGCAAACUCAACAUGCAAAAUGUUUUAUCCCUGAAUGAAUUGGUCAACAGCACAGCGGACUUUGUCUGUACAAACCCGCACUAUGCUGUCGGACAGUUGGACUGGAUUCAACUGAGAUAUCUGUUUGUAGGAAGCUCCAAUGCACUGCCGACUGAUCAAAUUGCGAACCAUAUCAUAUGCUAUGAUCAAGACCCCAAGCAUAAGGCAUUUGGCUCAAGUAGCAAGCCAGUCAUGAUACCUCUUUCCGCAGUCAGCAGUCGACGGCGUGAAAUGCUCGGUAUUUCAGCCCCGACAUCGUCAAAAAAACGGUCUUUAAUACGCCCAGCGUCUUUUCAGGCCCUAAAGUCCCCGGAGUUGACGGAAAGCUCGGCUGUUGAUGAAAUUUACGAUGAUUGUGCGAGCGUUUUAACAGCAACCACCGACCUCAACAUAUUGUUAUCCGAUGCUGGGACAGAGGAUGACGAUGUCACAGCCAUGAGCUUGAUAGAUGCUGUACCCAGAGGGAAAUCGCAGCUAGAAACGCCUCCUCGUGGUACUGACUUUGUUCCGGGAACUCUGAGCUCAAGUGACCUUCCGCUGAUCCCACCACCACGGUACGCAACAACCAAUGCCACCAAGCAAAUCCAGAGACGCCUGCAAUUCGUGCUGAAAAUCCAGAAGGAAGAAGUUUCGGAAGAUCUUGGAUGGCAUCUUGAUCCGAAUCUGAUCACGACUGUGUAUCAGUGGAUCGUGGAGUUACAUAGCUUUGACUCUGCUUUGCCCUUGGCGCAAGACCUCAAAACAGCCAAAAUCAAUAGUAUUGUUCUCGAGCUACGAUUCCCACCUGAGUUUCCCAUGAGUCCACCGUUCAUUCGAGUUGUUCGCCCCCGUUUCUUGGAGUUUGCAGCCGGCGGAGGCGGUCAUGUGACUGCUGGUGGAGCAAUGUGCAUGGAACUGUUGACAAACACGGGCUGGUCACCUGCUGUUUCCAUGGACAAUGUUUUAUUGCAAGUUCGUCUCGCGCUUAGCAGCACAGAGCCUCGGCCAGCACGACUGGCCAAACAUCAUCGGAGGGAUUACGGAAUUGGUGAGGCUGUAGAGGCCUUCAGGAGAGCUUGUUUGAACCACGGGUGGCAAGUUCCCAGUGCUAUGCUGGAGCAUAUUUCAAUUUCGGGCUAA